AUGUGGGAUGGGACGCUUGGCGAAAUUAAUACCACAGUCCAUCGGAUCGAGUUGAUCCCCGAGACCCGUCCCAUCGCACAAGACCCGUAUCGGGCCGGGCCUAAAGCCCGCGAAGUAGAAGAUGCAGAAGUGCAGAAGAUGUUAGAGGCAGGAGUGAUAGAACCAGCGCAGUCAGAAUGGGCGUCGCCCGUGUUGCUGCUCAAGCUUCGCAAGUGUGAAUUUUUCGUCGAAAAGAUCAAGUACCUGGGCCAUGUAGUUCGGCCAGGUACAUUGGAAGUGGACGCUGCGCGAACCGUCGCAUUGGAACAAGUGAGGUACCCUCAAACGCAGACCCAGCUCAGGAGCUUCUUGGGACUUUGCAAUGUCUACGGCAGGUUCGUUCUGCAUUAUGCGAAAGUUGCGCAACCUCUAAACCAACUACUGAAGAAAGGACAACCGGUCCAGUUGGAAGGAUUCGACGAACCGUGCAAGAAAGCUUUUCAUAAGCUCAAGGACGCCAUCUUGGCACCGCCGGUGUUGGCGCUGCCGAAGAAGGACCUACCCUACUCGGUAGAUAUCGAUGCAAGCGACUAUCAAAUAGGCGCUGCACUAGUUCAAACGCAUCCGGAUGCGCAACGUAAACUCAUCGGGUUCUUUUCAAGAACGUUAGCCUCAGCCGAGAGAAACUAUUCUGUAUCAGAAAAAGAAUGUCUAGCAGUAAUUUGGGCCGUACAGACUUUAAGACCAUAUCUAUAUGGCGAGCACUUCAUUGUGCAUACCGACCAUGCCUCAUUGAGGUGGUUGAUGAACGUAACCGACCCCAGCGGGAGAUUAAUCCGAUGGAGGCUCCGCCUCUCGGAAUUCGAUUUCGAAAUCAAGUACAAGAAGGGCAAGGCGAAUAGUCAAGCUGAUGCCCUGUCAAGAUUGCGGACCGCAGGAGAAACCGAGCUCAUUUGCGAGCAAGCCGUCGACCCCUUCUGCAACCGCAUCAAGGAAGAAAUGGACACCGGAAAGGUGAGAAAGUUCAGCAUGGAGACCGAGGAACUCGAAGGAACUCUAUGCCGUACCGCUGCGGAUUUUGUACAAGUGGUGAUACCACAAUCGUUAAGGGACCGCGUUCUAGGGUUGAGGCACUACGCAAAAUUAGCAGGCCACCCGGGAGGCAGGAAACUUUAUAAGACAUUGAGAAGAUAUUUCUACUGGCCUGCGAUGGCCCUAGACUGCUAUGCAGUCGCGAAGAAUUGCGCCGCAUGUGCGCGGGAAAGGGUGAAGUUAAGAAGAAACACGAAGGAAAUGAAGCUGUUCACGCCAAAAGCUCCGCUGGAGUUUGUCGCCAUCGACAUCUGUAGUAUAAUCCCCCCCUGGGGCUUUUUAGUUAGAUUAGAUCAGCAACGGGAUCUAGUGCUGUAG